AUGGCGGAAGCCUGCGCGCUUGACGAACUACAGUCUGAGCUCACCUGCCCGGUGUGUCUGGAGUUGUUCUGUGAUCCGGUGAUCCUCGAGUGUGGACAUCACUUCUGCCAGGUGUGCAUCAUCCAGUGCUGGGAAGCCAAGGCGGACGAGCAGUCGAACUGUCCAAAGUGCAGAAAGUCGUGCGCCCGUAAACUGCGACCCAACUCUCUCCUGUGCAACGUCGUGGACAGUGUGCGCAAAGCCCGGGUCAUGGAUGCAGCCGCGGGCCCAAUCGAGUGUCACCCGGAAGGUGGUACGCUGGAGGAGCCGGAGGAACGGGAGCCCGGGUCCAGCAUGAGCAGCGUGGCCUCGUCCAUCGGGUUCUGGCCGCGUCUUGGUGUGGAUAUGUGCGAGGAGCAUGAGGAGAAGCUGAAGCUGUACUGUGAGGACGAUCAGCUGCCCAUCUGUCUGGUUUGCGGCAUGUCCCGGGACCACAAAACCCACAAUGUCAUCCCCAUUAAUGAGGCUUUUGAAAACUACAAGGACAAGCUGUCUGUCGCUUUGGAGAGGGUCGAGCAGCAGACAGAGGAAGCCUCACUCUUCCAAAAGAAGACCAAUGAAAAGAUCCUCUUCAUUAAGGAGCAAGCAGGCGAUCUGGAGGAGCAAGUCACAGCAGAGUUCAGCCGUCUGAGGGACUUCCUUCUGGAGGAGGAGGAGCGCAUAAAGGGGAAACUGCAAAAGCAGAAAGUGGAGAAGCUCAACCAGCUGGAGGAGGCGCUCACUGAAGCCACGGAGCAAAUCAGCCAGCUGGAAACUAAAGCUGACCAGCUCCGCCUCAAACUGAGGGAAGAAGAAAACCCGGAGCAACUCAAGGGAAUUAAAGAUUUCAUUGGGGGGGCUGAGAGCUUGUUUGAGCGCCCCCCAGAGGUGGGUGUGGAUCUGCAUUCCGGAGAGUUCCUGGGACCUCUACAGUACAGGACAUGGAGGAAAAUGAGCUCAGUUUUUCAGCCAGCUGCGACAGCGGUGUUCCUUGACCCAGACACAGCCUACCCCUGCCUUUGGGUUUCUUCGUGUGGUACCAGCGUCCAGGUGGGCAAAAUUCAGCCCAACCUGCCCAACAACCCAGAACGCUUCACCCGCUACAACAUCGUCCUUGGCUCUGAAGCCUUCUCAUCAGGACGACACUACUGGGAGGUGGAGGUGGGCCCCAAGACAGCGUGGGGUCUGGGUGUGGCCUCAGCCUCUGUCAACAGGAAGGAGGAUAUCAGCCUCUGCCCAGAUGAUGGCUUUUGGACACUGGUGCUGAGUGACAACGGAAAUGGCACCGGUGAAUAUGAAGCGUGCACUAACUCAGAGGAGUGCUUGCUUUAUCCCUCCAAACCCCCCAGGAGGGUGGGGGUAUAUCUAGACUAUGGUCGUGGUGAAGUGUCUUUUUAUGAUGCCGGAGACAUGAGCCACCUCUUCACCUUCUAUGAUGCAAAAUUCAAAGAGCCUGUUUUCCCGUACUUCAACCCCUGGCCAAUUAUCAACGGACACAACUGGGAGCCGCUCACCAUAGUAACGCCACACUGGUGAUAGAUGUUCUUUUUAUACUGACGCUCUCCAUCAGCUGGUUUAGAUUAAAACUGUGGAAAGAGAUUCAGCUGCUAAUAACUGUGCAGCUGUGGAGCUGAACUCUCUCUUGAGCCUUCACAGUAUUAACUAUUUGUCUUGAAAGUGUUUUCUAUAUAAAUUACAUGCUGAUGAUAAAUAGGUAACCUUGUCUUACAUUCAUGUAAGACUGGACUGAAGACAAACUACUAAAUCACAAGACAAAUGACACUUUAAAGGACAUGCCUGAUGAUAUAUUGUAUUGUUCUCAUUGUCAAAAAAUCCCAUGAAAAGACCAAAAACAAGUUUUGUCUGUGUAGCCAAAACUUUAUGAAUCGAAUUCCUUCAUUGUUGUCCAAAAGCAAUAAAAACUAUUAACCUCCGCGCUUGAAAAUAGUCCCAAACAAAUAUUCUAUUUCCUAUUCUUUCAGUUAAGUUGCCUAAAACCUAGAGGGCCCAACUGUUUCAGGAAACAGUUGGACAGUCUUUUUAAAGACUUACAUUUUCAGUCAAAGAAUUUGGGGUUUUGCGGCUGAGUGUCUAAUAAACUUUUGAGAGGUGAACACAUUGUUGGUUCCCGUCUUUUCAUAGCAUGUGUUGACAAUUUUUUUUAAAAACAUUGAAUCACAGCAUUGUCUUCUAAGUUUGUGUAUAAGUUCUGAAUUCAUUGGAAAAGAAGUAAGGCAUAUUGUUUACUAAAAAUGUUUUUUUUAAAGAGUUUAUUGGAAGAGGUGGAUGAGAAAGGCUUUGAAUUUGAUUUUUACUGCAAUAUCUUGCUGUGUGUCAACAUCUAACAAUAUAAGAACAUAUAUUUUUCACUGUUUUUGUAUUUUAUACCCAAUACGGUAGAUUUAAAGGUACAGUGUGUAGGAUUUAAUGGCAUCUAGUGAUGAAAAUACAAAAGACCCUCUAUAGAGCCAAUGUUUGGUUUGUCUGUGUAAUGCAACAUGGCAGGCUGUGUGGAAGGGGAGCUGCACCCUAUGUAGAGGUAAAUGUCUCAUUAUAAGAUAACAAAACUGCAAAAAUUCUUAUUUUCAUGGGAUUUUAUGUUAAUUAAAACAUGCUUAUGAAUAUUGUAUCCCAUUUCUGCUAUCCGUUCCACUAAAUGCCACUAAAUUCUACACACUGCAUCUUAAACACAAGUAUUGACAAAAAUUGACUGAACUUGAACACAACAUUUAUACCUGAUGACUCUUUAAGAACUUGAUUUUAAUAUAUUUUUCCAUGUGAGUUUCCAAACCCAGAUCAGAGUGAACACAUAUUUGAGAUUUUAUGAGUAAAUUUCCAACUAAUGUUGUCUUUUUUCCACCAGAGGGCGCCCAAAACUAACUUGAAAGCAAAAUUACUCCUUGGCGGUCCUCAUAACAAGACCCUCAGCUUUUAUAAACCUUAUUCAGAGAAGCCAUAUUUGUCAUCAGUUUCUCUGCUGUAGCUGGUACACUAAUAAACCAAAGAUUCACUGAGACAUCUGAGUGAGCUGCAGUAGCGCUGUGGUCUCACACAUCUGUAUAGAUGUGGAAACAAUGUCAGAGAUGGUUUCCAAGCAAAGUUUACAAUAUAAUGCAAAGAAACACAACAGUAUCAGACACUACAGGCAUAGAGUUGCAACAAAUUCCUCUUUGAUAACAAAAACUUAACAUUUAAUUUAUGGUGUCGCACCCUGUGGCUUUAAGUAUCUGUUUUCAAGAUAAUCAAUUGAUUAGAUGUCACUCUAUAUUGUGUUUGAGCUUUGUGUUUCCCUGUUAGGGAUACCCGCAGUGUUUCUGUUUCAGUUAAGCAAGGUUAAUGAGUUCCUUCAUGUCAAUUGAGCAAUGUGAUAAGCUGUUACUUAUAGUACAGACAAAUAAAUAAUGAGAAUUAGUCUGACCCAAAUAAAAUUAUCCAU